AUGGCUCCACUUACACAAACAGAUGACGACUGUGGUCGAGGAGCUCAUUACAUAGAAAUAGAUGAUCGGUGUGAAUGCAAAAAUCCUGAUACUGAUGGCAAAAGAAUGUAUCCAGAUAAGUACAGGCUUGUCGAAUACGGAAUGGUUUGUUACUACUGCGAGCAGAAACAUGGUGAAAGCAAAUCGAUUAUGUUCAUUCUUGACUCCUCGGGAUCGGUCGGUGCUGAAGGAUGGACUCAGCUGUUGAAGUUCAUGGAGAAAGUUAUCAAUUCUAUUGAUAAAGUCAGAACGGGAGCAAUUAUAUUGGCUGACGUUCCUGUGGUAGACCUGCAAAUAGGAGAACAUUCUCGUGAUGAACUUAGAACUUGGAUGCAAGAGCACAGCGAAUGGCUUGAAGCAUGGACCAGAGUCGGAUAUUCAUUGCAUCUUGCAAGAGAAGCACUGCUGGUAACUAACUUUCGUAGUACUCUGCAAAUUUUGAUGUUAAAUGUGAAAUAA